AUGUCAGUGGAUAUAAUUGAUGGUGCCAUGAAUCAGUCACCCGGUAGAUUAUGCACCUUCCCGCGCUCCUUAGUCGGGUCAAACAUACAAGACGGUAUGGCUCAGACUCAAAAUGUUUUAAGUCUCAACUCUUCAAACUCGAAAGAAUUUUCAUAUGCCCACGAAGCACGGGAUUUCGAUGCAAACGAAAAGCGUUUAUCUGGCGGAAAAAACAGCCGCAAGUCCCCUCAUAACGCCAUCGAGAAAAGGUACAGACAAAGCAUUAAUGGCAAAAUUGACGAGCUACGCGAUCUUCUUAAUGCCAAUUGCAGUGAUGAUCUAAAGGCCAAUAAAUCCGCGGUUCUUCGUCGCGCUAUCGAUCGUAUUAGACUUCUCGAGAAGGAAAAUGAGUGCUUACGAAUGCGACUCAGCGCGCUACUCAAUGGAUUUGCCUUUUCCACCGGUGAGUACGUUUUGGGGUUCACUUCGGCGCCUUCGCUCGUGGAGUCUGGCUGGACAGAUCUGUCCGCUGCUCAUCCGGCCGUAGAACAGUACAACGAGAGUAGCUCUUCGGGAAUCAGCAGCCCCAGCUCCGGUGGUAGUAUUUCUCUGCCCUCGGCAUCUUCCUUCUCGCCUUCGGAGUUCUCCGCCGCCACAAAUAGCUCUCAGUCGCCCAACUCUGACUACUAUCUGCAACCUGGGAAGCGUAGAGGUGGGUUCACUGUAUAA